UGAGAUGGCAUCACAGCAAAAAUAAGGUCACCAUUGACAGACUGCAUAUUUUGAUUCAACUGCUUUGUUGAGACUGCAUUUUCACAAAUAGAGAAUGCCAUGGAACCUAGAAUCCAGUAGCCGGCUGCAAAAGGAGCGGCAAAGUUGUACAAAAGGGCAGUAAGCUUUGUGGAUACACAGUUUAUUAAGAUUUAUGGAAAUUCCCAUAUAUAUUCCAAGUUUCAAAAGUUCAAGGACCCUUGUUCCGUAUUUUCUUAAAAUCAUUCUCUUUAGCAAAGAACUUUUCAUGAUGCCAAUUAAAAGGAGAAAUGGCUAUUGUACUUGCCUGGCUGAUGACAUUAUUUUAGGAUAAAUUACUAUUUAAAGCAAUUAUAUCUCUCUUUUAUUUUAGCCCAACUAAUGAUAAUGAUGAUUGGAUUUUCCAUCAGUUUAUAUGUGGAGAUUAUUAACGAAUAAAGUCCUUUUAAGGCACGAAUUAGGAAAACCUUACCCAAUUUGAGAAUGAAAUUGUAGCCCACAAGGGAGACCCAAAAGAAACCCACUUUUAGGAAAAGUGAGAAUGUCUCUUGCCACAACAAAAAGCGUUUAUGACACUUCCAAGUGAUGAUUAUAAAGAGCAAAUCUCAACUCUAGUUCCCAAACAAACCAGCUUUCGUACAAGUAUAAUCACCUCAACACAGAUAAGUAAAAGGCAUAGGACAAUGACAGGGCUGGGCUCUUCGUGCGGAGCAUGCAAAUUCCUGCGAAGAAAGUGCACAAGCGAAUGUGUGUUUGCACCGUAUUUCUGUUAUGACCAGGCUGCAGCCCACUUUGCCGCAGUGCACAAAGUGUUUGGUGCAAGCAAUGUUUCAAAGCUAUUAUUGCACCUACCAGUACACAAUCGAGGCGAUGCUGCUAUCACCAUAUCUUAUGAAGCACUGGCUAGGAUGCGAGAUCCUAUAUAUGGCUGCGUUGCUCAUAUCUUCGCACUGCAACAACAGGUUGCCAGCUUACAAGAGGAGAUAGAAAUCCUUGAGAACCAGAUGGCUAGUCUCACAGUUGGUGUCGCCGGUUUUGGAAGUUCGCCAACAAUCUCAAACCCGAACUGUGAGAUGCUGUUUUCCUUCCAACAAGAUGCCAUGAACACACAAUAUUACCAGAAUCCACAAUCUGCACAGCUAAACCAUUCAGGAUAUACAACUGGGAACCAAACUUUUGAUGGCCAGAUGAACGUGCCACUUACUCCUUUAUAUGGAUGGGAAGACCAAGACAUUUUUUGCAACUCUCACCCACGUCCUUUAGAGAGACUCCUCGAGGAAGUUGACAAAGAGAUCUUCACAUAUUGUUCAUGGCCGGACAGCGGAAACAUCAUCAUAUGAGAAGAUCCAAACUCUUGGCGAAAAUGUUAAUGGCAAGUCAGGGAUUGUGCAACAGAUGUUUCAUGGAUCAAUAAGGAAAAUUUUGUGUUCGCAUCUUUGUAUUUUCAGUUGUGUAGAUUACAACGAUUUCAAGGUCAAGGUAUGAGCUUCCAAAUAAGCAUUUCCA